GACGUUGGAUGUGAAACUUUUAAAAAUAUUGUCGGUGUAAAAAAAUAAUAAUAAUACUAGAUAAGUUGAGUACAGCUUGGCUUUUGGAGGGAACUAUUUUGAUCCUGGGAUAACUUCGCAUACACGUCGGUGUGUUUUUUUCUCCAACAAGAGGACUUCAUAAGAUAUUUCAUUCGGACCAGUGGAUAUGUGGUCUACGAACUAUGCUACAACAGUGUUUGGUUUCUUCUGUUUUGUUCAGGUUUUUGUGUUGACCGUUUCACAACAUAUUUCAUCACACAAUGACGACUAUACGAAACAUUUAGAAAAUAUCAAAUUCUUAAACAAAGAAGCAGAAAUUUCACCUAAACAACCUGCAGAUGACGACGUUGAUUUCGGAAACAGUGAUACAGCAGAUGACUUAAGCGACCUCACAGAAGAGGAAAAGCGUGCACUAGACCGAUACUCAUUCUCUGGUAGUUUGGGAAAACGAGGGCUGGAUAGGUAUAGUUUUUAUGGCGGACUUGGGAAACGGGCUUUGGAUAGAUACGGAUUUUUCGGUGGACUUGGAAAGCGAGCGCUCGACCAAUACGGGUUUGCGGGGUCUCUUGGAAAAAGAGCUUUAGAUAGAUAUUCGUUCAUGGGAGGAUUAGGAAAAAGGAAGUUAGAUCAGUAUGGAUUUGCAGGCAGGCUAGGAAAACGGGCAUUAGACCGCUAUGGGUUUGUAGGAACACUUGGGAAACGAAAGCUUGACCAGUAUAGCUUUAUGGGAAAUCUUGGGAAACGUCGUCUGGACUCUCAUCGAUAUUUUGGAAGUCUCGGAAAACGAGCACUCGAUCGUUACGGAUUUUUCGGUGGACUUGGAAAACGGGCGGAUACGCUUGGAAACUCACAGGAAAACAUUCAAGGAGCUGACAAGGAUGAAAAAUUCGAGCAAAAACGGUUAUAUCCGUAUUGGUACUAUAGGCAAGGUGGUAGCCCGAUAUACACCCAAACCAGAGGAAUAGAUAGGUUCUCUUUCGCAGCAAGACUCGGACGAAGAUAAAUUUCGUAAUAACCGUACAAUGACGCCUUCAGGGUCCAGCUAUUGCAUUAACAUAUCUACAGAAUUGUGUUAGAGUUAUGAUUUUUUAGUCUUAUAAACUACAUUUCCACUAAAACAUUCUUCUUUGUCUGGAACAGGAUCAUGAAAACAACAGGACUAUAAUGAAAUCAAACGUAUUUGAUUUCGUUGGAUUUAUAAACGCUCGGUUAAAAAUGUUUUUAAAUCUAUCUGCAAGUCUGAUUUAUUCAUGGACAUUUAUAUGGUAGUAUCGGUUUGGCAGCGUAACAAUGAGGAUAUUUCUAUAUUUUUCUACAUGUGUGCAAUUGUUUGUCAAAUCUUCUUUAUAAACAUAAAUGAUAUAAUGUGUAGAAAGCGAAUUCUAUUAUUAACAAUCUAUUUCGAGUCAUGUGAUAUGAAUUGAAUUCACUUUCGUUCCUAAAAUUGCCAUAUAGUUUGUUCGAAUUUAGCUAAAUGCAAUUGAGUUAGAUGUCAAUGUUGACGCUAAGGAUACGAAAUAAAGCUGUAAAGAAAUACUA